GGGUGGCCAGGAGGAAGGGGAGAGAUUAGGCAGCCAUCAGUCUCCUCCUGUUUCUCCCAGAACAGGUGAUGCUUCUAAAUUGUGAUCCCUUUCUGGAGGCAGCGCUGCCGCUGGAAGGAUGCGAGCGACCUAGGGCGGAGGGCCUGAGGCGGCAGAUCUGAACUUGCGGAGGAGAACACCCAAACUUUAACUACAUCAGUCCGCACCUCACGCGUGAAGCAAGGGACGGGUUAUCCUUUUUCCCCCCCUCAAGAGAGACUGAAACUUCGGCACUUGAUCCCUUUUCUUGGAUUGCUUUGGAGGAGACGGUUUCGUGACAGCUUUGGGAACAGUGAGGACAGUGUUGUAACUCUUAUUUUUAAAGAGACAGUAGAGCAGACUUUUUAAAUGUUUGGGAUUCAAGAUACUUUAGGAAGAGGACCAGCUCUGAAAGAGAAAUCGCUGGGCGCCGAGAUGGAUUCGGUCAGGUCUUGGGUCCGGAAUGUCGGCGUGGUGGAUGCCAACGUCGCGGCGCAGAGCGGAGUCGCCCUGUCCCGGGCCCACUUUGAGAAGCAGCCUCCCUCCAACUUGAGGAAAUCCAACUUCUUUCACUUCGUCCUGGCGCUCUACGACAGGCAGGGGCAGCCGGUGGAGAUCGAGCGCACCGCCUUCGUAGACUUUGUGGAGAACGACAAAGAACAAGGCAAUGAGAAGACCAACAACGGCACGCACUACAAGUUACAGCUCCUCUACAGCAACGGCGUCCGCACGGAGCAGGACCUGUACGUCAGGCUCAUCGACUCGGUCACCAAGCAGCCCAUAGCUUACGAGGGACAAAAUAAGAAUCCGGAAAUGUGCCGAGUUCUCCUGACACACGAAGUGAUGUGCAGUCGAUGUUGUGAAAAGAAGAGUUGUGGAAACCGAAAUGAGACUCCUUCAGACCCUGUCAUCAUCGACAGAUUCUUUUUAAAAUUUUUCCUCAAGUGCAAUCAGAAUUGUUUGAAAACAGCAGGAAACCCGAGGGACAUGAGAAGGUUUCAGGUUGUGUUGUCAACAACGGUGAAUGUGGAUGGGCAUGUACUGGCUGUUUCCGACAAUAUGUUUGUUCAUAACAACUCGAAGCACGGGCGGAGAGCAAGAAGACUGGACCCGUCGGAAGCUACCCCCUGCAUCAAAGCCAUUAGCCCAAGUGAAGGCUGGACCACAGGAGGAGCCAUGGUCAUCAUCAUUGGGGACAACUUCUUUGACGGCCUCCAAGUGGUGUUUGGGACCAUGCUUGUAUGGAGCGAGCUAAUAACUCCUCAUGCCAUCAGAGUGCAGACUCCUCCUCGGCACAUCCCCGGAGUAGUAGAAGUGACAUUAUCUUAUAAAUCCAAACAGUUCUGCAAAGGAGCUCCAGGGAGGUUCAUUUACACAGCAUUAAAUGAACCCACCAUAGACUAUGGCUUCCAGAGACUGCAGAAAGUUAUCCCGAGGCAUCCCGGAGAUCCGGAGAGAUUAGCUAAGGAAAUGCUGUUGAAAAGAGCUGCAGAUCUAGUGGAGGCUCUCUAUGGCACACCACACAAUAACCAGGACAUCAUUUUGAAGCGAGCCGCAGACAUUGCUGAAGCUCUCUACAGUGUCCCCAGGAAUCCCAGCCAGAUCCCAGCGCUGUCCAGCUCUCCAGCUCACAGUGGCAUGAUGGGCAUCAAUUCUUAUGGCAGCCAGCUUGGAGUCAGCAUCUCAGAGUCAACACAGGGAAAUAAUCAAGGCUACAUCCGCAACACAAGCAGCAUCUCUCCACGGGGCUACUCCUCCAGCUCCACCCCUCAGCAGUCUAAUUACAGCACCUCCAGUAACAGCAUGAAUGGCUACAGCAAUGUCCCUAUGGCCAACCUGGGCGUUCCAGGGUCACCAGGAUUUCUAAAUGGCUCCCCCACAGGCUCCCCUUAUGGAAUCAUGUCAUCAAGUCCCACUGUUGGAUCUUCCAGCACAUCCUCCAUCCUCCCAUUUUCCUCUUCAGUUUUUCCUGCUGUCAAACAGAAGAGUGCCUUUGCCCCUGUCAUCAGGCCCCAAGGCUCCCCUUCGCCCGCCUGCUCCAGUGGCAAUGGAAAUGGAUUCAGAGCCAUGACCGGACUUGUCGUGCCCCCGAUGUAAAGAAGAGGAAGAAUUGCUUUCUUAUAGCACAAAACUACUUACUCUGAUGGACCAAUAAUGAAGAAAGCACUAUAAGCUCUUUGGGGAGACUUGUACCCCAAAAUGAACAUGAUGGACAGAUUUGGGUAUGCAAGGAGCUUACCUGCUCUCAUGUUUCUCGUGUAGCUCUGAUGGGGCUACACAAACUGACCCUCUUGGGGACAAGGACAAAAGAUGUCAUUGACAUAGUCAGUGCAAAGAGCAGAAAUGCAAUUCUUUGUUAUGAACAUUAUGAGAACCACCUUCCUAUGUUUGUAAAAUAUUUAAGAAAAAAAAUUGGCAAACAAUUCACGCUUAAUAUUUUGGAUACUAUUUGUUUUUCUUUGUAGGAAAAAAAGUUGAAAGUUUCUAUUUUCUAUGAAGCCUUUCAGAUACCAAUUUAGUUUAUGCAGAAAAAAAAUUGAACAAAACAGGGUACCAGCAUGGAAGACUUUCUUAAAACGAAACCUGAAUUGAAUGAUGAAAUGUUGUUGUAUGUGUGUUUGCUUAUAGUAUAACCUCUUUAAAAAACAAAACAAAACAAAACAAAAAAAAAGGGAAAAAUUUUAAAAUGUUUUACAAUUAUUUAAAUAAAUAAACGUGUAACUUAUUGUAAGUAGAGGUAGAAAUUAAGACCUUUUUGGAAGAGAGGAAUUUCUCUUCCUGAUGUAAAAUGAAAAUGAUGCAAACAUGUAGUAACAAGUUUAAAAGGUGUGUGAUUAUUACUGCAGUUACUUACUAGACUCUUAUCCCCCAUCCUGCAUCCCCCUCUUUUUCCGUCAUUUUACUGACCCACACCCAAGAACAUGUACCUUAUGUAGAUUCCUAGAGAACACCCCCAUACAAAAACCAAGAUUCAAGUCCAUGCACAUACACAAAUACUCAAGCCCAUCAAUUCAUUCCCAGCUCCGUCUGUAUU